CUCAAUUUUGCCAAAAUCCAUCCCUGAUAGAGGAUCCUCGGCUUGUGCUACGGAUACACAGCAGGUUCUAUAACUGGGCAACUGCUGCCCCAAUAAUCCUUUGCAUGCAAGUUUUCAACCAAGAUCUGCCUCCGGCAGUGAUUGAACAGCUUAACCAACGAAAGAUGCCCCCCAGGUCUCGUGGCUGGUGGUUUUCAUGGCGGAGAGGGACCAUGAAUUCCAGUCAGUGAGAAAUCAAGCAAUGAAUUCUGGGGUUACAUCAAGAUCAGGAAAAGAGCCAUUGUCCAAUACUCAGGAGUUUGAGGAGCAGCAGAAGAAAUGUGAAACCAGUGGGUUAGAGAACCAACGUAAAAUUGAAUCUGAGCCUGCUGUGGUCCCUGCAAAGCAACAGUCGUAUCAGAGGUCCUUGCGUCUGACUUCUGAGCAGAUAAAGAGUCUGAACCUGGAGGAGGGUAACGAGGUUGUAUUUAGUGUGUGCACUAAAUUUCAGGGUACAACACGAUGUAGAGCUCACAUCUUCUUGUGGAACAGUGAAGAUCGCAUCAUUGUGAGUGACAUUGAUGGCACUGUUACCAGAUCAGAUGCACUUGGGCACAUUUUGCCACAACUUGGGAAGGACUGGACUCAGCCAGGAAUUGUCCAACUCUAUCGUGCAAUUCACAUGAAUGGCUAUAGAUUCAUAUAUUGCUCGCGUUCAGUGGGUCUGGCGGAGCUCACAAAGGGGUAUCUACGGGUGCGUGCAGAAGGCUACACUCUCCCACUUGGACCGCUCCUUUUGUCCCCUAGUAGCCUCUUCACUGCCCUACACAGAGAGGUUAUAGAAAAAGCCCCAGAGCGCUUCAAGAUUUCCUGCCUCUCUGACAUCCGGCAACUCUUUACAGACCCUCAGCCUUUUUAUGCUGCCUUUGGAAAUCGAACAAAUGAUGUUAUGGCUUACAAGCAAGGGGUGCCCGAAUCUCGAAUCUUCACUGUGAACCCACAAGUACUGACUCAAGAGCUAAAUCCUAGCUUUAAAUCCUCGUACUCUGCUCUCAAAGAAUUAGUGAACGUCAUGUUCCCUCCUUUGGCCACUGAUUCAGUCACCUCACUGCUAUCUUCAGAUUUCAACAGCUUUUCAUUCUGGAGAACACCUGUGCUUGAAAUCAACGAAGAACAUCUUGCAGAGGUCUUCUAGAAACUGGACCUCUACUAUUCUUGAAAUAGACUUGAAACCACCCCCUGACAAGAGGUGCUAAGGACACACAUCUCUUAACUUCUCUUUAUAGAGAGAUUGCUGGACGUUUAGUUUUUCAUCAUAGCAAUAAAAAAAACUUUGUCAUGCACCUUAGUCCUCUUUAGAAUAUUAGAAAAUUGACCGCUGAACGACACAGGCAUUCUGGAAUAUAAUUUUUGAAAAAGAAAAGGCUCAAUCCAGGAGUAGAAUCCAAAAUAUCUUUAAUCCAUUAAACAAAGUUAAUACAGGUGUAGCAGUCGGUCUAUUCUGGAAUAUAAAUCUCACCUCCUAAUGCACUGAAAUCAGGACACUUAUAGGGACAUAAAAGUCUGUUUGUUUUCAUUACUCUUCAAAGAAUCAAAACCGGAGUUUUGAAGGUUGGUAAAUAUUUUUAAUGCUUGGAAAAUAAUGCCCUUUAAAAUCCACAGUAAGCUGGACAGGGAUGUUUGUCUAUUUAAUUGUCACUUCCUAAUACACAGAUAUUUGUCAAAAACAAAAUACAAAACAUAAAAAAUAGUGAGCAAGUAAUAGAACUCCCCUUGUGUCACUGCAGUCUCUCCACACUGUUUACAAAUAUUUUUCAAAAGGUGCGCAACCGGACACAGGUUUUAUUAAAGGUAAACCCCACGUUUUUCAUGAAUCAGAUAGAGCAUGGAAUUUUAAACAGCUUUCCAAUUUACUUCUAUUAUCUACUUUACUUGCUUCUCUGGGUAGGCAUAGGAGCAGCAAUGCAGUACUGAUAGCUAGCUGCUGAUUGGUAGCUGCACACAUGUGCCUCUUGUCAUUGGUUCGCCAGAAGAGUUCAGCUAGCUCCCAGUAAUGCAUUGCUGCUCCUAAGCCUACCUAGGUAUAUUUUUUAACAAAAGAUACCAAGGGAAUGAAGCAAAUUUAGAUAAUAGAAGAUAAUUGAAAAGUUGUUUAAAAUUCCAUAGUCUAUCUGAAUCAUGAAAGAAAAAAAAAUUGUGUUUCAUGUCCCUUUAAGGAAAUGUGAAAAAAAAACUCAAAAAUAUGUCUGUGAGGAGAAACAUUUCAAAAGUAAAAUAAGAUAUUUUUUUAUCAAUACA